UUACAUACCUAGAAAUGUAGAUAUCAUUAUUACCUCGAAAGAAAACACGAAUGAAUAUAAAAACGAGAAUAUUUCAAAAUCGGAGGAAGUUAUCAAAAAUACUGAUAGUAAAGACCAAAAUUCUUCGCAAAAUAAAAAGUUGAAUAAAGAACGUAACGAUAAAGAUGAUUCAUGUAUACGUAAAAUAGAUAGUAUAAAAUCUAAAUCAGUACCAUCCAAAGAAAUAUCACUGUCAAUUAAGAAAGAAGUAAACGUUUCAAAUGACGAAGAAUUAGAUGAUGAAGAGCAGGCCAAAAAAGCAAUGUUAGAAUCAGAUUCAGAAACAACUAUGAAUGAAGAUUCGCCAGUUAAGUGUGCUGCAAAAUCUGCAAAUGAUAAUUUGAAAGAAAAGGACCUAUCAAAAUCUGACAGAAAAGCAAGAAAUAAUAGCACAGAGAGUAAUUCCAUUCAUAAAACUAGCUCAUCAGAUGAACAGGAUACACUUAUUAAAACGAAUAUACUUCUUGAUUUAAACUCAGAUAAUUCUAUGAGUCCUUGUGAUAUUAAAAAAAGUUCAGAUAAAAAGCAUGAUUCUGACGACAACAACGAGGAUACACGUGCAAAAGUAAAACUAUUAGUUUCUUCAAAUAGUGAAAGUUCGAGCUCUGAUAAUAGUAGUAAAUUGCAAGGAACAAACGCAGAUUUCUCUUCAGAAAAAGGUAAAGAAGAAUCUUUAGUACAUAAACAGACAGAUUCUAAAGGACGAGCACAUUUGCUUAAAGUAAACUAUACUGGUUCAGAUAAAAAAUUAAAAAUGCUUUCCGAAGUUGUUGUUGAAAGAUUAUCCGAUGAAGUUCUUGAAAAAUAUAAGGAUGCAUUAAAUAAAUCACGACAAUAUUUAGAAAGUAAAGAAAUUAAAAGCCUUAUUGAUUUGGAUAGAUUACAGAAGAACCGUAGAACAAUAUGUGAUUCACCGCGAAAUUUACGUAAAAAAAGGACAUGGACAACAAAAGAAGAGGAAGAUUCUUUGUUGAAUCAUUUGAUGAACAUUGAAGAUGAGGAAUUUGUUGAACAUGCAGGGGAAGAUUCUAAUUCAGAACAUGAUAAUCCAAUCGUGAAAACACAAGCUUCUUUCCAAACUAAUGAUGAAUUAAUGGCUGAAGCAGAUGCAGUUGCAAAAAAUAUUCUUUUAUGUUCUUCUGACUCAGAUAUGGGUGAACAGAAAGUCGCUUCUCAAGACAGUGAUAGUGAAAAGGAAAAAAGUGAAACAAAAUCCAAUGAUCAUUCAAAAAAAUCGACUCAAAAAGAAGAAGAAAAGGAUAGUGAUAAGGAAAAUGAAGAGGAAAGGAAGAAAAACAAGUGGAGACGAAAUAAAAUAUUAACGUCGACAUUUUCUUCGGAUUCAGAUACCGAUGUUAAGAGGGAAAAAUGGAAUGCGAAACAAAAUGAGUUGCGAGAAAAGGCAGAAGAAGAUAAUACAAGUUUGGAUGAUAAGGAGGAAGUUAUAAAACAUAAGAGACGUGUUCGUAAAAAAAUGAUAGUCUCUGAUUCAGACAUGGAACUGUUUAAUGCUAAUUCGGAUGCAAGUAGUUCUACUGUAUUGAAAGACAAUAAGUCCUCAGAUAGUGACUUCUCAGUAGGAAAGCAAAAGAAAAUGCAUAAACGUAAGGGGCGUAGAUCUUCUGAUACGGAUUCUUCGUUUGCAGAGAAAAGAGCUAAGCCAAAAAGGAGACGUAUUAAAAAGGUGUCCAGUGAUAGUGAUGAUGAUAGUAACAAUGAUCAGACCACGAAUUCUCAAGGAACACCUGGAACACGUCGCAAGAAAAUUCGGAAAGUAAUGAAAGACAAGCAGGUUGCAGAAGACACAAAGCAAGCUGUCAAGGAAGAGGAAGAGAGACUUAAACGUAUUGCUGAACGACAAAAAUUAUAUAACGAAAUGUAUGAAGCAAGGUUGGCUGGUGAAGAAAAAUUAGAAAAGCUGAUAUUAGAUUUUAAUCCCGAAACAAAGGAAGAACUGGUGGUUGUUCAUGAAAAUUUGGUUAAACGCUUGAAACCGCAUCAAGCCAAGGGAAUAAAGUUCAUGUGGGAUGCGUGUUUCGAAUCGUUGGAAAGAACAAAAUCUUCCAGUGGAUCUGGGUGUAUAAUUGCACAUUGUAUGGGAUUGGGGAAAACACUUCAAGUAAUUGCCUUGGCACAUACACUAUUGAUGCACAAAGAAACUGGCGUUAAGACGAUUCUGAUUGUUUGUCCUCUCAGCACUGUACUUAAUUGGUUCAAUGAAUUUAGUUUGUGGUUAAAAAAUAUCGAUGAAGACAUCGAAAUUUACGAAAUGACCAGAUUUAAGAAGAAUUUAGAACGAACAUAUCAAUUGGAAACGUGGCAAAGAACUGGUGGUAUUCUUAUUAUUGGCUAUGAAAUGUUUAGAAAUCUUAGCGGCACGAAUAAUAGAAUGAAAAAGAGUAUGAAAGAAGCCAUUUUGCGGUACUUAAUAGAUCCUGGUCCAGAUGUAAUAGUUUGUGACGAAGGACAUUUAUUGAAAAAUGAAGAUACUGCUCUCAGUAAAUCUAUAAAACGGAUUAAAACAUUACGAAGAAUUGUACUUACAGGCACACCGCUUCAAAACAAUUUAAUAGAAUAUCACUGUAUGGUACAGUUUGUAAAGCCAAAUCUGCUCGGAACGAAAAAAGAAUUUUUAAACAGAUUUGCAAAUCCAAUAACUAAUGGUCAAUUCGAUGAUUCUACCGAAUACGACGUUAAAUUAAUGAAAAAACGUGCUUAUGUUUUACAUAAGAUGUUAAAGGGCUGCGUUCAAAGAUUCGAUUAUUCUGUAUUAACGCCGUUUUUACCUCCAAAACAAGAAUAUGUGAUUUUUGUGAAUCUAAGUGAAAUUCAAAUAAAAAUGUAUAAACAUUAUUUGGAGAAUUUUGCACGACGAACACGCACUGCAGGCGGAUCUAUUUUCACAGAUUUUCAAGCAUUACAAAGAAUAUGGACGCAUCCCUUAAUUCUGCAAUUAAAUGCAGAAAAGAGGGAAAGGAUAAAUGAGAAAAAAUCAUGUACCAGUGAUUCUGAAGGUUCCUUGAGAGAUUUUAUUAACGAUGACGAUACAGAAUCCACAAGUAGUAGUAGUAGUAGUAGUAGUGCACACAGUGAUGCAGAUGAUGAAGUUCAAAAUCUCGAUUCUGAUAGUACAGUAAAAAAUAAAAAGAGUAACUUGAGAAAUAACGAUCCUGAAGUUGAAAUACUAUCUAAACAUGAAGAACUUGAAAAAAAAGAAGAGGAGUGGUGGUUACAAUUCGUUCAACCUGAACAUUUUGAAGAUCUGAAAGUAUCUUCCAAAUUGGUACUUCUUUUUGGCAUAUUGAAAGAAUGUGAACAACUUGGAGAUAAAGUGUUGGUAUUUUCACAAUCGUUGUAUUCGCUAACUUUAAUUGAACAAUUUCUUGCGAAAAUUGACGAAGAAACACAAAAUAGUACAAAUUCUGAAAAUGUUGAUGGUCAUAUUGGCAGUUGGUCAUUAGGCUUAGAUUACUUUCGACUAGAUGGACAAACCUCUGCCGAAAACAGAAAUUUGUGGUGUAAAAUAUUUAAUCGACCAUCAAACAUAAGAGCAAGAUUAUUCUUAAUCUCGACACGGGCAGGUGGAUUAGGAAUUAAUUUAACCGCUGCCAAUCGCGUUAUUAUUUUUGAUGCAAGCUGGAAUCCUUCUCAUGAUGUUCAAAGUAUAUUCCGCGUAUACAGAUUUGGCCAAAAAAAGCCGUGCUAUAUUUAUCGGUUUCUGGCAGCUGGAACGAUGGAAGAAAAAAUUUAUAAUCGACAAGUGACAAAAUUGUCGCUUUCCUGUAGAGUUGUCGAUAUACAACAAAUAGAACGUCAUUAUAGUAAUCACAGCUUGAGCGAGUUGUAUACUUUUGAGCCAAAUAUUGGCGGACAGAAAGCGACUUUGAACUUGCCGAAAGAUAGGUUACUAGCAGAAAUAUUUUUGAAAUACAAAAAUCAUGUGGAGAACUAUCACGAGCAUGAUUCUCUUUUGGAAAAUAAGGCAGAGGAAGAAUUGAACGAAGAGGAGAGAAAACAAGCUUGGUUGGAAUAUGAGGAAGAAAAGAAAGGAAAACCGAUAGCAACGCCAUCAUAUUCAGCAAUGGCAGCUUUGCCAAAUAAUUUAUGGUUAAAUCAGUAUAAUUUACCAGCAUCAUUUGUUAACGCAGAUUAUGAAAAUCUUCAACAACUUCUUCGAAAAGAUUAUCCAAAUUCAUCGCCGGAGGCUCAACAAAUGCUGACUGCUCGUGCAUUAACAGAUAUGUACACUUAUUGGGAGCAACAAGCUUAUCAUAAUUCUAAAAAUCAAGUAAUUGAUCAGAAUCCAAAUGUAAAGACUAUACCAAUGGGCAUGCAUGUAUCUAAUUUGGCUAGAAUAAGCCAAAACUCUAUGGCACAACAGAAUGUUUAUAAAAAUGUCAUCAAUCAAGUAAGGGAUAACAGAAAUAUCGAUAUAAGAACUGUAGAUGUCGACGAUGACGUUGUGGAGGUUCCUUCAACCACAAAAUUACAAAUUUUAUUUGAUUUGAAACUGCAGAUAUAG